AUGAAAUGGGCAUCAAUUCAAAAUCAAAAUUACAAAAAGGAUUUGAAUUACAGUAUAGAAUUGAAUCGUUUGUUGCUGAAACAAAUAGGUGUUUGGCCAGCACCCAUAAACGUAUCUUGGAUGGAAAUAAUAUUGUAUCGUAUAAUAAAUAUAAUAUGUACAUCCUUGAUUGGUUUUUUAUUAAUAUCCGCGUCUCUUUACAUUUUGGUGGACGAAAAAAAUAUAGAAAUGAAAUUGAAAACAAUCGGACCGAUAAGUUUUUGUUUAAUGGUAUUAGCAAAGUAUUGGUUAUUUGUAAUACGUGAGAAAAAUAUUAAUCGUUGCGUAAAUCAUAUGGAAACCGAUUGGAAAAAUGUCAAACGAGAAAGUGAUCGACAAAUUAUGAUAGAAAGUGCACUUUUUGGUCGACGUAUCGUCAUUGUAUCAGCUGCAUUCACUUACAGCGGUGUUUUUUUUUAUCAAGUUGUGUUACCCCUAACAUCGGCCAAAGUUGUCAUUGGAAAUUAUACUUUCAAACCGUUAGCUUAUCCCAUGUCAAAGAUUUUUGUUGAUGCUCGUCAAAGUCCAGCAAAUGAAUUGAUGAUACCAUUAGAAUGUUUAUGUGGUUUUGUCAUGAAUGCAGUAACCGUAGGAGCUUGCAGUUUGGCUGCUGUAUUUGCAUUACACGCAUGUGGUCAAUUGAAAAUCAUGAUGUCUUGUUUGGAUAAUCUUGUUGAUGGUAGACCGGAUGAAAAUGAUACUAUUAAUGAUAGAUUAACCGAUAUUAUUCAACAACACGUACGUGUUCUCAGUUUUGUUGCAUUUACCGAAGAACUUUUGCAAGAGAUUUCCCUCGUUGAAGUUUUAGGAUGCACAUUGAACAUAUGUUUGCUUGGUUAUAAUCUUAUUGCGGGUUGGGAUAAGGGAGACAUGGUCUCUGAUUUGACAUAUAUCGCACUGAUAAUAUCUUUUGCAUAUAAUAUAUUUAUAUUUUGUUAUAUUGGUGAACUUCUUGCUGAAGAGUGCAAAAGGGUAGCAGAAGCAACAUAUAUGAUCGAUUGGUAUCGAAUUCAAGGGAAAAAAAGUCUUGCGUUACUUUUAAUUAUCGCAAUGUCGUCGUCCUCGAUAAAAUUAACUGCUGGAAAGUUUGUCGAAUUAUCGAUCAGUAGUUUCGGUGACGUGAUCAAAGCAUCGGUUGCUUAUUUAAACAUGCUACGAACUGUGACAACUUAA